AUGAACAUCAUCAGCCAUUCUGAACCAAAAACCUAUCAGGAAGCAGUCCAACAUGAGUGUUGGAGAAAGGCAAUGCAGGAUGAGAUCACAGCUUUGGAAAGGAACAAUACAUGGAAAUUGGUGAGUCUACCCCCUUCCAAUAAACCAAUUGGUUGCAAAUGGGUUUAUAAGGUCAAACAUAAGGCUGAUGGAACAAUAGACAGAUACAAGGCAAGACUUGCAGCUAAGGGCUACAACCAAACACUUGGGGUUGAUUACUUGGACACAUUCAGUCCAGUAGCUAAGAUGACUACCAUUAGAACUCUCCUAGUAGUUGCAGCAGCAAAGAACUGGCACAUACACCAAAUGGAUGUCAACAAUGUUUUUCUCCAUGGGGAUUUAGAAGAAGAAGUAUAUAUGCAGCCACAUCUUGGUUUCCUAGGAGCAGAAAGUGGGCAGGUAUGCAAGUUCAUCAAGUCUUUAUAUGGCUUGAAACAAGCCAGUAGGCAAUGGAACACUAAGUUGAGUAUUGCCCUACAAAAUAUGAGAUUCAGACAAUCCCUACCUGAUAAUUCCUUGUUUAGUGAAAAUAGCUCCUUUGUAGCAUUGUUAGUAUAUGGUGAUGAUAUAAUUGUUGCAAGUGCUGAACUAGACAUCAUACAAGAAGUUAAGAAGCAGCUUAAUGACAGUUUUCAGAUCAAAGAUCUAGGGCCUAUAAAGUAUUUCCUUGGCCUAGAAGUUGCUAGACAAAAGAAGGGAAUUGUAGUCUGCCAGAGAAAAUAUGCUUUGGAGCUGCUUGAUGACACGGGUUACACUAAUGCAAAACCAGUACACAGCCCUACAGUUCCCUCACACAAACUAAGCAAGAAUGAGGGAGAGCCACUUGAAGAUAACUCACAGUACAGAAGAAUAGUAGGCAAGCUCAUAUACUUGACAAUUACCAGACCUGAUAUUAGUUUUGCUACUCAACAGUUAUCUCAAUUCCUUGACAAACCUACUCAUCUACAUAUGCAAGCUGCUCACAGAGUGUUGAGAUAUAUAAAAGCUGCCCCUGGUCAAGGACUUUUCUUCCCAACAACAUCUGAUUUACAGCUCAAGGCUUUUUUUUUUUAUUCUGAUUGGGGGGCUUGUAUUGAUACAAGAAAAUCUGUUACUGGUUUCUGUGUAUUCCUAGGGGAGGCUCUGAUUUCAUGGAAGUCUAAGAAGCAAGCAACAGUCUCUAAAUCAUCCUCAGAGGCAGAAUAUAGAGCAUUAGCAGCCACAACUUGUGAAGUGCAAUGGUUAACUUUUCUAUUGUAUUCGUCCCAAUCGUCCAAACACCUGAAAGAGUGA